AUGGACUACGACGCGAUUCUUCAGGGCAAGUACCCGGCCAAGCGACACGCCCAGCGCGUGGUCGAAUACAUCCGCUCGAAAGUCGGCAAUGCCUCGGGCGUGCUGUACCUCGAGAGUCGCAUGACCAAGCUGCUCGAGGACAAUGACGAGCCCGAGCCGUUCCGCCAGCGCCGCUACUUCUACUACCUGACCGGCUGCCCCCUCGCCGACUCGUUCGUCCUGCACGACAUGGACUCGUCCAAGACGACGCUCUUCAUCCCGCCCGUCAAUCCCGAGAGCGUGAUCUGGUCCGGCCUGCCCAUGUCUGCCGAAGAAGCCCUGGAGAAGUUUGAUGUCGAUGAGGUCAAGUACACCACCGCCGUCAACGCCGAGCUGGCCACUGCCGCUAGCCAGAAGUCCCAACCGACCGUCUUCGCCAUCCAGGACCAGGUGUCGGAGCACGUGUCGUUCAAACCCUUCGACAGCAAGGACUUCUCCCUCCUCAAGCAGGCCAUCGAGGCCUGCCGCGUGGUCAAGGACGAGUACGAGCUGGCCAUGCUCGCCAAGGCCAACGCCAUCAGCAGCAAGGCCCACCGCGCCGCCAUGGAGAAGGCCAGGCACGCCAAGAACGAGCGCGACCUGGAGGCCGUGUUCCUGUCGACGUCCAUCACCGCCGGCGCGCGCAACCAGGCGUACCACGGCAUCUUCGCCAGCGGGCGCGCCGCCGCCACGCUGCACUACGUGCACAACGACGCCCCGCUGGCCGGCAAGCAGAACCUGCUGGUGGACGCCGCCGCCGAGUGGGACUGCUACGCCGCCGACAUCACCCGGACCUUCCCGCUCAGCGGCAAGUUCACCACGGAGAGCCGGGCCAUCUACGACAUUGUGCUCCGGAUGCAGCUCGAGUCCAUCGCCGCCCUGAAGGAGGACGUCCUCUGGGACGACGUGCACCUGCUGGCGCACAAGAUCGCCAUCGACGGCCUGCUGGCGCUCGGCAUCCUCAAGGGCGACAAGGACGAGAUCCUGGCGAACCGCACGAGCGUCGCCUUCUUCCCCCACGGGCUGGGCCAUUACCUCGGGAUGGAUGUUCACGACGUCGGCGGCAACGCGAACUAUUCCGACCCGGACCCCAUGUUCCGCUACCUCCGGGUGCGCGGCCGGCUCCCGGCGGGGAGCGUCGUGACGGUCGAGCCGGGCAUCUACUUCUGCCGGUUCAUCAUCGAGCCCUACCUCAAGGACCCGAAGCACGCCCAAUACAUCGACGCCGCGGUGCUGGAGAAGUACUGGGAUGUGGGCGGUGUUCGGAUUGAGGAUGACGUGGUCGUUACCAAGAACGGGGCGGAGAACCUGACUACGGCGAUCAAAGACCCUGACGAGAUGGAAAGGAUUAUCAGCAGUAGCUGA